AUGAAAGUGCUGGACUAAGGUUCUGACUUUAAAUGGGCUUAUGAGAAUGCUUUAAGUGAGAUACCAGGUUAGCCUGAUGAUAUAUAUUGCAAUGAAGAAUUGAUAGUAAAAGUUGGUAAUCACUGUGAAAAUUUUGGAGAAUGCUUAGAUUAAUGCUAUAUAAAGUCUGAAUGCAGAGGCCCUUAAAGUAUUAUUAUCCUCUUUAUUAAAAAUUAUAAUAGAAGAUGA